ACAUUACUCAUCCUCUAUAUAAGAAAAUACCUUCUCCUUUUCCCACUUCAAAUCCAACUUCAUUAAUUCUACUACUACUUUGCUCAGUCUCACACAACACACUAUACCUUGAUUUCAAAGAAUUAAAUUGGCAAUAGAAAUGAAGAUGAACAAUGUUGGUGGUGCAAGUCAUGAUGAGAGCUCAAAGAAGAAAAUGUCAAGUAGAAGACUUGGAAAGUUUCUUAAGGAGCAAAGAGGGAGGCUUUACAUAAUGAGAAGAUGUGUAGUCAUGCUUCUUUGUUGGCAUGAUUGAUAAUCCCAAAUAGAAAUAAUUGAGCCACAAUGAUGAAAAAUCUAGCAAAAGGGCCAAGGCCGGAGUCCAAUUCAAUCCAAGAAUGACAAAGAGUUCCAACAACAACAACGUUGGGUCUGGGGAGGGUAGAAGGUAUGCAAAACUUACCACUACUCUCGAGAAGAUAGAGAGGAUGUUUCCGAAAGAUUCUUGGCUCAAGUACAGCAAAUCCAAGUACAAAGAAGGACACAUUGAAGAAAAUAUAACAGAUAACAAGAAAACAUUGCAAGGUCUAUUAGAAGAAUGACAAAGAGUUGCAUCGAUUCGAAAUUAAAUCCCGAGUUUAGGAGAGAUGAGAAGAGAAAUUCAAGUUAUAUAAACCUUCAAGCUCGAAAAGGGCUGUUUACGAUUUUGUUUCCAAUUGUAAAUAGAAAAGAGAAAUAUUUAGUUACCUUAAAUGUUAGAAUUAAUUCCAAUAUUCCAUGAUUAGUGUUUACAAUAUAUUGAAGCUCAGUUUAAUCA